AUGAUUCCAUUUAAGUCCAGCCCAAAGCCGCAAGGUGAUUACAUAGAGCUACACAGAAAGAGGCAUGGUUAUCGCCAUGACUUCUUCGAGAAGAAGCGUAAGAAGGAAGCUCGUCAAGUACACGAGCGUUCUGCUAAGGCUCAAAAGGCCCUUGGUAUCAAGGGUAAGAUGAUUGCCAAGAAAAAUUAUGCUGAGAAGGCCCUAAUGAAGAAAACAUUGGCUAUGCAUGAGGAAUCGUCAACUAGGCGAAAGUUGGAUGACGAAGUUCAAGAUGGAGCUAUUCCUGCCUAUCUUAUGGAUCGUGAAAACACCACACGUGCAAAGGUAAGCUGAUAGAUGAUAAAGAGGAAAGAGAAAGCUGAAAAUGGAGUCCCUAUACCCAAGGUCCGGCCGGUCGCUGAAGAUGAGAUGUUUAAGGUCAUCAGGUCUGGUAAAAGAAAAAGUAAGUAUGAGCAAGAGAUGGUUACGAAGUGCACUUUUGUAGGACCUGGUUUUACAAGAAAACCUCCAAAAUAUGAGCGUUUCAUCCGUCCUUCAGGAUUGCGAUUUACCAAAGCACAUGUUACACACCCUGAGCUCAAGUGUACCUUCAAUCUUGACAUUAUUGGGGUGAAGAAAAAUCCCAAUGGUCCUAUGUAUACCUCUCUUGGUGUUAUGACGAAAGGAACUAUCAUUGAGGUUAACGUAAGUGAAUUGGGUCUGGUCACACCAGCUGGGAAAGUUGUUUGGGGAAAAUAUGCUCAAGUAACAAAUAACCCAGAAAAUGAUGGCUGUAUAAAUGCAAUUUUGCUCGUCUAAGCGGUUUGCUUAAGACAUUUCAAAGAGUUAUAGCACUGUUCGAGUAGCAUCAACUGUUUGUAUGUCAACUUUCCAUGACUUCCAUUUCAUUUAAUGUUGCUAGAAGUAUCUUACAUGUGUCGGCUUUUAAGAACCAAAAGAUUUUGUUUAUUGGUACUGGGGAAUUUGAGAGAAGUGGUAAAGAAACAAAUGGAUAGAGAAUCACAAAUCCGACAAA